AUGACACGAGUGCUGGAGGGGGCAGUAGCUCAUGCUGCUGCUGCUUCUGGGAAGAGCGACUUCUUAGAUCUUGUCUUCUUAAUUCAGCCGAAGCAUAGUGCUGCAGCAGAUGAAGACACAAGCAGCAGCUUACCUACAUUAACGACAGGGCAGCAGCAGGGGUAUGCGGAUCUGAUGGAGCUGCUGCUGCUGCGUGCGCAUGCAGCAGCAGCAGCAGAGCUGCCCUUCACUCGCGAGCAGCUUCAAACUUUAGGUGUCUCUAUACCCGAGCAGCAGCAAGAAGCAGAUUGUCUUCAAGGUAUACAGCAGCGCAGCAGCACCACAGGCUUGCAGCUAACAGCAGACGGCCGCGUCUUGCUGCCACCCCACAUGAGCAAAACCUGCUUGAUUGAGAAGAUUGCUGCAGCAGACCAGGAGACAAUUCAAGCGUUGCUGCUGCAGCAACCCCAGCAACAGCAGCAGCAGGAGCAGCAGCAGCAGCAGCAGGAGCAGCAGCAGCAGGGGGGGCCCCUUGACCCUGCCUUUGGUGUCUCCUUGUUAUAUGCAAGGAAUGUGCGGAGGCAGCUCUGGAAGCAGCUAGCUGAGUUUGAUAGCAGCAAAGGAGACUGCAGCUGCAGCACGAAGGAGACAGCUGUUGCUGACUUUGUGUCUCUUGAUACUUGGCUCAGUAUAUAUGAGAGACUGCAGCAAGCAGGAGAACUGCUGCUGCAGCAGCAGGAGACAGGUGAAGCUGCUGCUGCGUGGGGGGAAUCGCUGCAGCAGCAGGUUGUUAAGGUUCAAGAAGAGCAGCAGCAAUCGAUGCUGCUGCUGCUGAGCAGCAAACUGCAAGAAGAAGGAGAGGGUAUAGCUCAGUUAGCAGCAAAUUUGAAGCUGGAAGGGACAGAGGAUGAAGCAGCAACAGCAGCAGCAGCAGCAGAAUUAGCAGCACUCAGCAGCAGAACAGCUACACUGCAGCAAACUGCUGCGCAGUUGGGGCUGCCGCGUCAUCUGCUGCAGCAAGCAACAGAUAGUCUCUUUAGAGCUGCGCAACAAAGCCACAAUGAAGAAGUACCUUUCGUAGCAACAGGAGAUGAGGAGACUAACGACGAUCCCAACACUCCUGGGAUCGGAUCCCCACACCAACAAAAACCCCACACUCCAACAGGAGAAGCAGAAACAGCAGAAGAUGUGCACGAAGAAGAUGAUGAAAACAUUAAUAUGGUUGAAUUCGACUUCGAUUAA